CCACCUUUUGUGACAUUUGGUAAAGGAACACUAGGAUUCAUGUGUAUAUACAGUUUAAAAGAUCAGUAUGAGAUUCUGAAGAAUUUGUAAACUCCAUACAAUAUAGAGUUAAAGAAGAGAAUUUAGGGCAGUUUAAAUGGUCAAUACGUUUACACUGCUUUAAACGACUUUUUCAUAACUAAAGGGAAUAGCAUUCAUGUAGUAUGUUUAGAUAUUUAUGUUAAUGAUACUUUUGUAACAUAAGCAAGAGGAGGUAAUUAUAUAAAAUAGAUAAAAUAGAUGGAUUAAUUAUAAGUACUCCAACAGGUUCAACAGCAUAUUGUUUAAGUGCUGGUGGUCCAUUAAUAUAAAAUAGAGUGCCUUGUAUAGCUAUAGUACCAAUAUGUCCUUUAUCAUUAUCUUUUCGACCUUUAAUUCUACCUUUAGAUGUAAAAAUUAGUAUAAAAAUGAAUGCUAAUUCAAGAGGAGAAGGGUUAGUAAUUUGUGAUGGUUAAGUAUAAUAUGAUUUUAAAAGGAAUGACUGUUUUGAUAUUAUUCCUUCUAAAAAUGAUGUACAAUGUAUAUUUGUUAUGUAUUAUUAAAAUAGUUGUUGUACCAUCUGCACAUCAAGAUUUAGAUUGGGUAAUAAAAUUGUAAAGAAUGUUAAACUGGAAUUCUAGAUUUUAAUAACCUAGGGAUUGAAUUAUAUAUAAGAGAAG